GGAACAAAACAAAUAUAUCAUAGGAGUUAAGAGUAUGAUGAAUUUAUACGCAACUUGCUCAAAAUAAAAACAGCAAUUAAAAUAAGAAGUUGUCUGAGAGAGAGAGAGAGAGAGAGAGAGAGAGAGAGAGAGGUGUGCCUAGGUGAGGUGGGAAACAACAGAAGCGAGGUGGUUUGAUCUGAGAAAAAGAAAAAACUUCAAUUACCUCCAUCUUCUUCGUAUUCGUCUUCGCCUUCUCCUUCGCCAUUCUCCUUCUUCAAUUCAAGAAUUUAUAUAUUACAUAAUUGUGAUUCCGAUCGCCAUUGAUAUUUCAAAAUUGAAAUCAAUAUGUCUUUGAACAUGAAAUCCAUACAACAAGCCCUAGCCAAGACCGCUGCCGUCAUUGAGAAGACCGUUCAGACCACCGUCCAAGAGGUCACCGGACCCAAGCCACUCCAGGACUACGAACUCCUCGAUCAGAUCGGUUCUGCCGGGCCAGCCCUCGCAUGGAAGCUCUACUCGGCCAAGGCGGCGCGCGACUCUAAUCGUCCACAACAGUAUCCCACUGUGUGCGUAUGGGUACUUGACAAGAAAGCUCUCUCUGAGGCACGCGUCCGCGCUGGUCUCUCCAAGGCGGCCGAGGAUGCGUUUCUGGAGAUCAUUCGGGCCGAUGCCGCUCGCCUUGUAAGGCUUAGGCACCCUGGGGUGGUCCAUGUGGUGCAGGCCCUGGAUGAGAAUAAGAAUGCCAUGGCAAUGGUGACUGAGCCAUUGUUCGCAUCUGUUGCUAAUGCGCUUGGCAAUGUGGAGAAUGUGACCAAGGUGCCUAAGGAGCUUAAGGGAAUGGUUAUGGGGCUUUUGGAGGUGAAGCAUGGGUUGCUCCAGAUAGCAGAAUCCUUGGAGUUCUUACAUAGUAAUGCACGGCUUAUACAUCGAGCAAUAUCACCCGAGAAUGUUCUUAUUACAUCAAGUGGAGCUUGGAAGCUGGCUGGAUUUGGUUUUGCAAUCUCCACAGAUCAGGCCACAAGCGAUGCAGCUAGUUCUCAGGCUUUCCAUUAUGCUGAAUAUGAUGUUGAAGACUCUUUACUGCCACUUCAUCCAUCACUAAAUUACACUGCUCCAGAACUUGUUAGAAGCAAAUCGUCUAUAGUUCGAUGGUCGUCUGAUAUAUUCAGUUUUGCAUGCCUUGCCUACCACUUGAUUACUCACAGAUCUUUAUUUGAUUGUCACAAUAAUGUUAAAAUGUACAUAAACACCUUGACUUACUUAUCCAGCGAAGCAUUCUCCUCAAUUCCAUCAGAGUUGGUUCCUGACUUGCAAAGGAUGCUUUCUGCAAAUGAGUCCUCCAGGCCAUCUGCAAUGGAUUUUACAGGUUCUCCAUUUUUCCGGAAUGAUACUAGGUUGCGUGCUCUUCGCUUCCUCGACCACAUGCUUGAAAGAGAUAACAUGCAGAAGUCAGAGUUCUUGAAAGCGUUGUCUGAUAUGUGGAAAGAUUUUGAUUCUCGUGUAUUGCGGUAUAAGGUACUUCCGCCUCUUUGUGCAGAGCUUAGGAAUAUGGUAAUGCAACCAAUGAUUCUGCCAAUGGUUCUCACUAUAGCGGAGGCUCAGGAAAAAAAUGAUUUUGAGCUAUCAACACUGCCAGCUCUUGUUCCUGUCCUGAGUACUGCAGUGGGUGAGACACUGUUGCUGCUUGUUAAGCAUGCAGAUCUUAUAGUAAACAAGACUAGUCAGGAGCACUUGGUAUCACAUGUCCUGCCCAUGAUUGUUCGGGCUUAUGAUGAUAAUGAUGCUCGCAUUCAGGAGGAAGUUUUAAAAAAAUCUGCUUUUCUUGCCAAGCAACUUGAUGUUCAGCUAGUAAAGCAAGCACUUUUGCCUCGUGUCCAUGGCUUGGCUCUUAAGACAACAGUAGCAGCGGUCAGAGUUAAUGCUUUGCUGUGCUUGGGGGAUUUGGUUACUACGCUUGAUAAACAUGCUGUUCUGGAGGUCUUGCAAACUAUUCAUCGUUGUACAGCUGUUGAUCGUUCUGCUCCUACCCUUAUGUGCACACUUGGGGUUGCAAGCUCAAUUCUUAAGCAGUACGGAGUGGAAUUUACUGCGGAGCAUGUUCUACCACUACUUACACCUCUUCUCACUGCCCAACAACUAAAUGUUCAGCAGUUUGCCAAGUAUAUGCUCUUUGUUAAAGAUAUCCUCAGGAAAAUUGAAGAAAAGAGAGGAGUUACUGUGACAGACUCUGGAAUCCCAGAGGCAAAGCCAGCUGGUCAUGCCAAUGGACUCCAGCCUAAAGCAUCAAGCAGAACAACUGAAACUGUUAAUUCUACAGCUAAGAAAAGUCCUGCGUGGGAUGAAGAUUGGGGUCCAACUACAAACAAAUCUGCCUCUUCUGUCCAAAGUACUGCAAACAGCAUUAACAGCUCCUCCACAAAGCCUGUUGGACAUGAACCAAUCCUUGCAACUUCGUCACAAUCGCAAUCCUUGCCGUUUCCCACAGUUUCCAAUCAUCAAACAGCCACAUCUUGCCCUCCUGUUGAUAUAGAGUGGCCUCCACGCUCAUCUUCUAAAGUUAAUCCCCAAUUUGGCAAUACUGAGAAGCAGUUGAACAUAGGCACAUCAUCCGAUUCAAGUAUUGAUGAUAUGGAUCCUUUUGCUAACUGGCCCCCACGACCUAGUGGCUCAGUGACUGGUGUUGGAACUUCUAACAGCAUUUUAGCACCAUCAUCGACCACUUAUGGUUCUAGUACUAUCUCAAAUCUAUCGAACACCAUGAAUUUCCAGAACAACAACAGUGACUGGCCCUUUAAUGCUCAAAGUCAGGGCAAUUCUGUGACUAGCAGUUUAGGAAGUCUUAACUCUCAGAGUUCCCUUGGUUUUAUUAAACAGAAUCAGGGCAUUGCUGCAUCAAAUACUUAUACUGAGAAGAAAGCAACAGAUCUUGGAUCGAUAUUUACUUCCAGCAAAAAUGAGCAUACUGCUCUAAGGCUUGCUCCUCCCCCGUCAACUGCUGUGGGUAGAGGAAGAGGAAGAGGAAGGGGGAUCAGUUCAGCCUUUCGGCCUACUCAAGUCAAAUCACAACCAGAGCAGCCCUCCCUCUUGGAUCUACUAUAAUAGGUUGGUAGUACCAUUUUUUCAAUUUGUAAAGAGAUAAAGAAAGCAUGAGUAACAGAAUUGUGGGUCUACCCUUGCUAGCCAACUGUUUCAUACCACCUAGAAACUUAUUUGUAAAGUAUAUUUUGGGGACAUUCUAGCCUGGGAUACUGCAGCAGCUCUCGGGGUUGGAAAUGUGAAUGGUUUGUUGUGCUCUCUCUUGUACCUUAUUGUGAUUGGUCACAUACAAUUUUGCAUUUAAUUUUCUACCUGUUAUGUUUAACUUAGAACCGUUUUGUUGCUUGA